GUCAAACAACAUCUUAAUAUCGUAUUCAUCGGACACGUUGAUGCUGGGAAGAGUACCAUGGGCGGGAACAUCCUUUUCCUAACUGGUAUGGUAGAUAAGCGGACAAUGGAGAAGUACGAGAAAGAAGCGAAGGACGCUGGUAACGAGAGCUGGUAUCUGUCGUGGGCACUAGAUUCAACACCAUCCGAGCGAGACAAGGGAAAGACCAUCGAAGUCGGGAGAGGGUACUUCGAAACCGAUACACGACGUUACACAAUCCUCGAUGCACCUGGUCACAAAACCUACGUUCCGAACAUGAUUUCUGGUGCCGCGCAAGCAGAUGUCUCCGUACUCGUCGUCUCCGCUCGAAAGGGCGAGUUUGAAACUGGAUUCGAGAAGGGCGGUCAGACUCGUGAACAUGUUAUGCUCGUCAAGACGGCUGGUGUCGCGAAGCUUGUCAUCGCAAUUAAUAAGAUGGACGAUACGACUGUACAAUGGGACAAGGCGCGAUACGAUGAGAUAGUCAACAAGAUCACUCCAUUCAUCAAGGCAUCUGGUUACAACCCGAAGACCGACUUACUUUUCGUCCCCGUAUCUGCUCAGACUGGCCAAAACUUGAAGGAUAGAGUAUCCAAGAGCGUCGCUCCCUGGUAUGAUGGUCCUUCCCUCCUCGAGCUCCUCGACAAAAUGCCCAUGGUCAACCGAAAAGUCCUCGGCCCUCUCAUGCUCCCCAUCGCAGAGAAAUACAAAGACAUGGGUACGAUCGUCGUCGGGAAGAUCGAAUCCGGCAGACUACAGCGUAACGACACACUCGUCCUAAUGCCCAACCGCACAACAGUCGAAGUAUCAACAAUCUACAACGAGCUAGAAGACGAAGUUCUAAGCGCAAUAUGCGGAGACAACGCGCGAAUCCGACUCAAAGGUGUUGACGACGAGGAUAUCAGUACAGGAUUCGUACUCACCUCACCAUCCAAUCCCGUACACGCCGUUCGACAAUUCGAAGCACAACUCGCGAUUCUCGAACAUAAGAACAUCAUUUGUGCUGGGUAUAGUGCUGUUAUGCAUGUUCACACGCUAGCGGAAGAGGUCAACCUCGCUGCGCUCCUGCAUUAUUUCGAUAAAGCGACUGGUCGUAAGUCAAAGAAACCUCCACAAUUUGCGAAGAGGGGACAAAAGAUCGUUGCGCUCAUCGAGACUGCGCAACCGAUAUGUAUCGAAAAGUUUGCAGAUCAUCCACAAAUGGGUAGAUUCACUUUACGAGACGAAGGUAUGUGUACCACGGUUGCGAUUGGAAAAGUAACGAAGUUAAUAGAGUCACCUCUUGACUUAUCGGAGAAUAUCGCGAACUUGGCGUUAGGAGGACCCAGUGCUAACUCUACUGCUUGA